AUGAAUACCAGUGACUCGUUGUCUGCGUUCCGGUCAAAAGGCGAGCGCCGGUACGAUAUCCAUAAGCAGCGACAGGUGGCCAACGCCAGGGAAAGGGAUCGCACGGAGUCUGUCAACACAGCAUUUACUGUCUUAAGAAGUCUUAUACCGACUGAUCCGCCCGACAGGAAACUGUCCAAAAUAGAGACCUUACGUUUGGCUGUUUCUUAUAUCCAACACUUGAAUAACGUUAAGAAUGCGCUACUCAAUGGCGAAGAAUCGGUUGACAUAUGCCUCAAGAACUCGAGAGUCGGCUCUUUCACAGCGAAAACUGUUUGUACUUUUUGUAUAACUGAUAAAAAGCAAAGUUCAUUUCAGGAAUUUUUCUACGAAACGCCUGAAACCUUAGAAGGCUUUACACUAUUGAGUGACACAUUGGAUAAGACUAAUGAAAUCUGUGGUCAACUCUUCCCACAACUUAAUGAUUACAAUGACAUCAAUAAUUGCGAUAAUUCUUCGUUCAGUUAUUUUAGUGUCUCGUCGUCUGCCAGUGAUCUCGACUUCAUUUAA